AUGGAGAUGAAGAAGAGYCCGCCGCCCUGCCCAAACACCGUCACCGUUCGGAGAAACCCUCCCCGGAGAGCCAAACCAACUCCUGCCUCCGUCGUCCCCUUUUCACUGCCUCCGUCGUCUAAAAAACCUUCAGCUGUACGCUCCUUCCCCAUUCAAGACAUYCUCUCCAUUGACGUUCCCGACGUUGAGAACCCUAAACAGGAGAUUACGGAGUCUUCGUCUCCCAAGGAAUCCUCAGAUUCCGAGAAGCUUAAGGUUUUUCUUCGAAUAAGACCGCUUGUAACGCAACAGAAAGUGGGAGGAUCAGUGAAGAAUGGAGGUCAGAAGAAUGUUUGGCCUCAAAACCCUAAUAGGAAAAAAGAUGCUCUGAAAACGGCCAAGGCUGCCGCGAAGAAGAAGAGUGAGAUUUGUUUGAAAGUUAACGACUCGCAUUCUGUCACGCUUUGUCCUCCACAAAGCUUGGUAGAUGUUAGACGGACAAAGUCUGAAGUUUAUGAAGGCUUUUCUCAUGUUUUUUGUGCUGAAUCAUCUCAGCGUGAAGUCUAUGAGAGAAUGGUUAAUCCUCUAGUGGAUGAUUUCUUAAAAGGCAAGAGCGGAAUGCUUGCUGCUAUGGGUCCAAGUGGAUCUGGCAAGACUCAUACCGUCUUCGGAAGUGCUAGAGAACCUGGUAUGGUUUCUCUGGCUCUUCGUCAAAUAUUUUCAGUAAAGGAGAGCAAUGGAGCUAAAUAUUCAAGGACAUUCUAUCUGUCUAUGUUUGAAAUAUAUUCAGAGCGAGGAAAAGGAGAAAAGAUUAUGGAUUUAUCACAAGAUGGAGGUGAUUUAUACAUGCAGCAAUCAAAUAUCAAAGGUCUCCAAGAGGCAGUCAUCCAUGACGCUCAGCAGGCUGAAUCUUUAAUUGCAAGUGGAAUGCUAAAGCGUUCUACGGCUAUGACAAAUUCCAAUAUUCAAUCGAGCCGUUCACAAUGCAUUAUAAACAUUCGCAAUGAUCUUGACGACAUUGAUGAAGAUGCUGGUACUCAAUCCUGCACUGCUUUUUUGACCAUUGUUGAUCUUGCUGGAGCUGAAAGAGAAAAAAGGACUGGGAAUCAGGGAGCUAGAUUGCUUGAAAGUAAUUUCAUCAACAACACUUCUAUGGUGUUUGGAUUAUGUUUAAGGUCCUUGUUGGAGCACCAGAAGAACCCCAAGAAACCUUUUCACAAGCACUUCCAAAAUUCAUUGUUGACUAAAUACUUGCGUGAAUUCUUGGAAGGAAAGAAGAGGAUGGCAUUGAUUUUAACAGCAAAACCGGGGGAAGAAGACUAUCAUGAUACAUCCUAUCUGCUAAGACAAGCUUCACCUUAUAUGAAUAUCAAGUUUGAGAAUGUUGAAGAACAGCCUGGCAAUGCCCUUUGUAAUAAGAGGCGGACCCAAACAUUGCCAAAAGCGGAGCAGGGUAAAAGAAUGAAGUUCAGUAGCAAUGAAGUUUGUAUGGCUGGUGAGGUGAAGGGCGGUAUUCAUCAUCAGCUUUCUAAAGAAGAGCUGACUGCACAACAAGUCCGAGAGGUUAAAAGUAAUGGUUCGUCAGUUGCGUGUUCCAGCAUCAUUGAUAUACAAGCAAAUGAGAACACAUUUGUCGAUGAAAAUAUCAUUGAUUCAGCGAAGAGAGCUAGAGAGAAUCAUAUUCUGUUAAACUUCUCUAGAGCUUUGUGGAAUGUUUUGAAAGAAUAUAAGAACAAACUAGAGGCCAGUGAAAACGCAAUCGAUUCUUUAAGACACAGCCUCACCGUUGAAAAAAAUCGGUCUUCUGCACUGGAGACUGAAUUAAACAUUGUGAAAGCUUCCUGCUCAUGUGGGAAGGAAGUAAAGACAGAGGUUCCGCUGGUUGGAGAAAGUGAAUCUAAAGCCAAAUCAACAAACUGCUCACUUGAGUUGGUGGCAGACCACUCAAUUGAUGUCCAUGAGGGUACAAGCACAGUUGAAGUUGUAUCGACAUUGUCUAGUUUUAAUUUUUUUUAAAAACAUUGUAACGAGAAAGACAUAGUUCCCUGGGAAUAUGUUGUGUUUGAUAAAGAAGAUUUGAAGGAACUUGAAGACACAGAGUUCAGCAAUGAUAUAGCAGGUUGUGCUACUUCGGAGUCUGUUGUUAGUGAUUCAGAGUUACUUGUACAUUGUGAUGAACUUUCUUCCAUUGUGAAGGAAGAUCAACGGCAACACAAAGAAGAGGUUUCAUCUUUGGAUCCCAGUGAAUCAGAAUGUAUUGAAAAGCAGAACAUAUUGGAUGACACUGUUGCCAGAUCUGAUGCUGUUAACUCGGAUUGCUUUAGCACUGUCAGCUUAGAAGAAUGUAACAAUAAGGGAAUAAUCUCUGUUGAAAUCUUGUCAAUAUCCAGAAAUCUUGAAGAGCAGAGUAAUGAGAAAGUUGACGUCUCAAGUACUAAUGUUGUGGAUAAACAGGAAUUCAAAGAAGUUGAAGAAAAAGAGGCCAAUGAAGAAAUAUCAGAUACCAUCAAGAUUGUAAAUGUUUCUUCAGUCGCAGAUUGUCAUAUUUUAGAUUCAGCUGGCCAAGGUUCAGUGUUGCCUUCUGUAGUUGAAGUGGAAGUUUCUUCCUUCUUAGAGGAAGACCAACCAGAACAGGAAGAGAAAGAGAAAGUUGACGCUUCAAGUACAAAUGUUGUGGAUAAACAAGAAUUCAAAGAAGUUGAAGAAAAAGAGGCCAAUGGAGAAAUUUCAGAUUGUCCUACUUUAGAUUCAGUUGGCCAAGGUUCAGUGUUGCCUUCUGUGGUUAAAAAUGAAAUUUCUUUCUUCUCGGAGCGAGACCAAUCAGAACAGGAAGAGAAAGAGGUGACUGUUUUGAUUUCUUUGUCAAAUGGGGAGGGAUUGAAGUGCAUAGAGAACCCACAAGCUUUAGACCCUGAAAUCGCGGAUGAACUGUCGGUCUGCCCGGAAGAUGUCAGUUCUCAGGGGUGCAAUGCCAGUAAGCUGCAGGAAGAGUCAAGUGUUCAACACUGCCAAGUAUCCAAUGCUGUGAAACCAAAAAGGAGACUUCGACCUGCUUCAUCGGUGAUGCUAAGGAACGUACACAUUUUAGACAUUGAUGAUGCGUCCGAGAUGCCAAAGGUACAUCGACAGGGAAAAAGAGGGGAAAAGGAAGAUGAUAGAAAAAGAACACAAGGUAGCAUUUCUCUUCUACGCCUUCUGAAACAAAACAUCCAUCGCUAGAAAGUACAAAAACAGUCAUUGGGA